AGUAACUAUGAAGCUUUGGGCGGCGGCUGCCCACAAUUGGCAACUGUGGCAGUGCGCCACUGAAAGCUUCCAUUCACCCUUUAUUUAAUCCCGAGCAAUCCAUUGCAAGUUGUCAUCUAGACUAAGUAGGGGCCCCGUAGCAGCAGUCAUUCCAGACAAUCCUUCUCUUCUUCAUUCGACGUCCGUUAGUGUAUUCCCAUCGACAAUUUCGCCCAAUUGAGGAUGUCUGUAGCUCAGGAACUGGAGUCCUGGAGGACGCCGGCCGCCAAAACGGUGAAGGCGGCGCCCAAACCUGGCGAGCGGGCGCCUGUCAACGACAGCUUCCAGUUCAAGACCGACAAGCCUACGCUUGUUGUUUUCCUGCGGCAUUGCGGCUGCCCAUUUGCUGAGAAGACAUUCAAGAAGCUCACAAAAAUCUCGUCCAUGUACCAGGACGUCCUGCACUGCGUGGCAGUCUCGCACUCGGAGCCCGAGUCCACGGAGCGCUGGGUGGUCCAGGUGGGCGGCAACUGGGAGGUGCAGGUGGUCGUGGACCACGAGCGGGAGAUGUACGCGCAGUGGGGCAUGGGCAUCUCCAACACCUGGCACGUCCUGGGCCCCAUGACGCUCUACAAGACCUUCCAGCUCGGCAAGCAGGAGAACGUGUGGAACCGCCCCACGGAGAGCGGCAACCGGUGGCAGACCAGCGGCGCCUUCGCCGUCGACAAGGACGGCACGGUGCGGUGGGCCAAGAUCGCCACCUCGGCGGCCGAUAUGCCAGAUCUGGACGCGGCCCUCGGGACCUUGGGGAUCAGGCUGCGCAAACGGGGUCCCCGCGAUCAAUCACCAAGUGCGAUAUAUGCGAGAUCAUUGAGGCCGGAAAAGAGGGACAAUAACGAGGACAAGUUCUCGAUUGAAGACUAGUGUCGAAAACUAUCCAGGGCCGGAAUGGUUGGAACGGGUAACAGGUAUUUUACUGAGGGUGUUUUGUAUUAUAUUGUCCAUGUACAUACAGGAAACGAGUGUCACAUUCUCAUAUAUAUCAUCAUAGCAGGCGAGCUUUGCUUUCAUGCAUCAACCGAACGACUUUGAUUCGC